AUCCAAACAUAGCGUUUGUUUUUACAUCACGGUGAAGAACGUCAGUGAGGAAAAUUCCCUGAAAGGACGACAUGUUCAUAUCGAGUUGCCUGAGUUUCGGAGCUGACAAAUAAACGACAGCAUUGUCUCCAUGCCGUUCCGUUCGUCACUUCGCAUGUUUUCCACUCUUCCUACUAGUGCCCACUGCUAGAUGCAGAUUUUCAGCUUUUCACUAACGUCGUGUUGUAUCGAGUUCCUCAAAUCUGAAGCAACGCCCGCUCCCAAAAAAUGCGUCUUUCAGCAGCGUCAACCAUUUUAUGCCUAGGUGUGCUUUUGCAGACACCAUGGAUCGCUUCAAUUCCGAUGCCGAGUUCCAAUUGCUACGCCUUCAACAAUUCAAGUCGGAUUGUUGAUUUCAGUAGCUGGAUUGGUUACCUUUUUGAGUAUGAUGUGAAGCAAGGUUCUGACUUGGCCGUACGAUUCUGCAAAGAUGUGGAGAGUAGAUCACAAACGGGAUAUGUUGAUUUUGGCCGAUUUGAUAGGUUCAACUACUUCAUUGCUGGUUCUGGCCAAUCUGACUUUACUCAAGAGUUUUAUAAUGGUGACCUGAUGGGUUGUGAACAAAGCUAUGACAAAAUGGGACGAACAGCCCAGGUAGAUAUCAGAUGUGGGAAUUGUUUAAAUGGACAAUGUAAAGGUCUUCCUGGAUGCAUAUGUAAUGUCACAUAUGAGUCAAACUGCAGAGUUUUAGUUGAGCUUGCAAUUCAGUGUAAUGAACCAGGCCCUCGAGUAUUUCAAGGCUUUACUGUUGGUUUUCAUCCAAGAUCAUGGGAACUUGUUUAUAAUGGCAUGACUCAAUUUGGUUUUGAGAAACCCCAACUUGAUUUUAGCUUUGAAACAGGGCAAACUCAGUUAGUCCUGUUUAUGACUGCAGUUGCCUCACUUUCUUCCCUGGUUCAAAAACCUAUUUUGAAGGUUCUUCCAGAUAAGGGCUUAGAUGUUAGAGUGUCUGGAUCUGCUGCUGAAGGGAAGCCUCCUACAACAUUGUCACCUACAAUGUUGAUUGUUGAUUGGAGAUGUGAGAUAGCCCACCAUACCCCAUAUGAAGUUAAUAUCACAAUCCCAAUUGAGGGUUAUGAGCCAAUUCAAUUUGUGCUUACAAAAAUGUGUGACUAUAUACAGAAUCAAAGGGGAGGUAGCACAAGAGGAUGGGCAAUAUUUGGAGUGCUAUCUUGCAUAUUCUUUGUCGCUUCAACGCUCUUUUGUUGUGGAGGUUUCAUUUACAAGACAAAAGUGGAACGGCAGCGUGGAAUUGACGCAUUGCCUGGCAUGACAAUCCUAUCUGCAUGUUUAGAGACUGUUAGUGGAGCUGGGCAAGGCUACUCACGGCCAGAAGAUAUCAACAGAGCCGUUGCCAGCGAAACCUCUUGGGAACGCCCUCCUGCUCCCGCUCAAGGUGCAUGGAGACCACCAGAAAGAAAAUAUGGCUCCAUGUAAUGUGUACCGCCACUCACUUUUUUCCCUUUGUUUACUGACAGUCUGCCACCAUUUUAUCUAAUUUUUUAUAUUUUCUUCUGCCAAAUAUGUUUUCUUGGACCAACUCUUAUUAGGGGGAUUUUGUAGCCUCAGUCUGAUGUAUUUCUUUGUAAACAUAAAUUCACAUCUAGAAGUAAAGAAAGGGUAGUUAUAGCAUGAAUCAAGUUGCUGCGUUGCAUU